GCAAUCUGCAUUGCCUGAUGUUGUUUAUGAAAGUGUGAUUCCUUUUGAAUGUUGCUUUUGAAUGACAACAGUGUAGUGGAACUGCGUUAUCUCCAUCUCGGUCCGAGAUAUUUGGUGGUUUUAUUCUAUUUGGGGAAUAUAAUGGAAUAAACGACCAGGGCUGAAUAUAUUUGGUUUUCUUUUUUUAAUUUUAUCAAUGUAAUAAAACUACUUGUAUUAGUAGUUUUAUUUUUGGCUAAAUUGGUCUAAAUGACGACGAGAUGGAGCAGCGAAUAUAUAGUCGCCGAGCACCGCGACCUCCAGGCGAGUGCUAUGGCGGUAGACUACAGUGGAGUUUAUGUUCUUUUGGCUGGGCGUAGGUACUUGGCUAUAAAAAACUUGAUAGACUCUAAUGACUCUCUCAGAAAGUUUCCAAGGCAGAGCAAAUACGAUGUCGGUGCUGCUGAAUGGAGUCCACAUUUACAGCACAAACAUUUAUGCGCUGUAUCGACAAAUAAAAAUAUAGAAAUUCUCUGCUGGGCAGAAGGAAAUUUAACGACACAGAGCACACUUCAGGCUCAUACGAGAGUAGUCAAUCACCUGAACUGGAAUCAGUUAGAUCCAAACCUCCUUGCCUCAUGUUCAAUAGACACCUUCACGUAUAUCUGGGAUGUAAGAGAUACAAGGCGGCCUUCCCUUUCAUUAUCCACUAUUGCUGGAGCUAAUCAAGUACGUUGGAACAGACAGUCGCCUUUCUUACUGGCAACUGCACACAACGGUGAUGUCAAACUUUGGGACCGAAGAAAGGGAACUACCCCAGUUCAGUACAUCUCUGCUCACCAUGCCAAUAUUUAUUGCCUGGAUUGGAAUCCAAAUCAGGAAAAUCAGCUGGCCACCUCAAGCCAGGACUGCACAGUGAAAUUUUUCGAUAUUACGAAUCCUAGAAGAGCUGAGAACGUUAUUACUGCUGCUGCUCCUAUAUGGAGAGCCCGAUAUACUCCUUUUGGAAUUGGGAUUUUGAUGGUAAUAGUUCCUCAAAUACGAAGGGGUGAGAAUAGCCUGUUAUUAUGGAGUUUGUCAAACCAGAGUUCCCUUGUCCACACCUUUGUUGGACAUACGGAUGUCGUCUUGGAGUUUGAAUGGCGAAAACAUCCAGACUCGUUGGACUAUCAACUCAUUACUUGGUCUAAAGAUCAGACUUUGAGAAUAUGGCAAAUAGAACCGUUUUUACAAAAGCUUUGUGGCAUAGAUAAUGGAAACAGUCCAGCUAUUGAGUCUCACGCUAACGAUGGACUUUUACCACCAUCUCAAAUAGGCGGUGUCGUUGAAAGUAUGGUCGUCGUGGACGGAAGGACGCAUUCGCUUGAAUUAACUGAGAACAUGAUGUCUGAGUCAGAGCAGCCGCCUCCUGUGCAGACUUCUCAGCCAAAAACCCUUCACCAGGAAUUUUCUCUAGUCAACAUCAAUAUCAGAAAUGUCACUUUUGAUUGUAUGGAUCCUAUAAAAAGAAGAUGUACAGUUACAGCAGCCAUAAACAGCAAUGUGGCAGUUGUUCAUAUCACUUUUCCCCCAGGCUACCCUCACAACAUAGCGCCUGCGUUUCAGUUUACGACUGCUUCUACUAUUGAUUCUACACUGAAAAAUAAAUUGCUCAAAGUGUUAAAACAGACGGCUCAGCAGAGGGUGAAAAAGAACAGGUCAUGCCUUGAACCCUGCAUAAGACAGUUGAUCACAACAUUAGAAGAGGUUAAUGAUCAGGACAAAGCGCAGUAUUUGCAAAUGCAAGGAGCCCUUCUUCAUUCACCAAUUUACAGUUUUAGAGAUGCUUAUAUACCAUUUCCAAGAACGUCGGGAGCAAAAUUUUGUAAUGUGGGAAUGCUUGUUUGUUUUGGUAGGUCUUUUAGUAGAAGACAAAAUGUUAGAGCUGACAAAUCAACACCCAGGUCUUUAUCAGCGCUUAACACUUAUUCUGAAUCACCUUUAUCCGUGCCAUCUUACUUUUACCAUGACAGAGUCAGUGCAAGAGGUAGAUUGAGUCGCAAUAUGGCCCGUGGCGUAUCACAGAAAGGCUACAAGACGACAGUCAUUAUUUACGAUGCCUCGGGUCUUUUUCCAAUGAGCAAAGAUCUUGCUGAAAAAUAUAUGUUAGACAACCGUGAUAUUGUUGGAACGUGCCAACAUAAUGCGAUGGUCGCUGGGAGCUUUGGGAGGAAAGACCUCACCCAGGUCUGGAACCUGGCAAGCUUGGCGGCGACACCCUCUUCUUUUGAUGAAGACGAGGACUUUCCUUGGGAAACUCACCCGCUCUCUAUCGGAAUGAUUCAAUCUCUGAUAAGCCAUUAUGUUGUUGAGUCAGAUAUACAGACUGCUGCAAUGCUGUGCUGUGUUUUUAGUAAUAAAAUGGAAGCUCAAGAAAUGACACAGAUUAGAACUGUAAACAAGACUGAUAAUGCUAAUGCGAUAAGCUCAUCAUACCAAAUGAUUCACCAAGUUGAUUCCUCAGUAGAGAGUUGGAAUCUUCCAGCAGUUUCUAAACAAAAUAUCUCUAACUCUUGUACUGAAGACGAUUUUAGCAUUGUGUGCGGUGCUGAUGAUAUUAUUGUUCAUACACCACUUGGGGUUACUGAAACAGUUAAACCUAUUAAUUUGUCAAGGGUAUCUUUGAGCGAGUCACCAGAGUAUGAACAGUAUAAAAAAGCUUACGCUGAGAUUCUCCAUCGUUGGUGCCUUCUGGAUGCCCGGGCACAGGUCAUGAAAUAUCUUAAGUGUGAUCUAGAUGUUCAUCGGGGACUUGAGCUUGUUGCCCAAUGCCUGAACUGCAAGGUCUUGACCAGAGAUGCUUAUUGCACGACUUGCAAAAAUCCUGCCCUUCAGUGCAUCAUUUGUCACACUUCGGUCAGAGGCGGUGCGAAUGUUUGCUUAAUCUGCGGACACGGUGGUCACACUCGUCAUCUUAUGGAAUGGUUCUCGGAAAACACUGUCUGCCCUGGCGGGUGUGGAUGCCAUUGCCUCCAAGAAACGGCAUCCGCUUUGGAUAAUUGACAUUGGGUUUUGACCAAUUUGUGAUAAAUAUGAAAUAAUUAUAUAUUAUCUUGUGUUAAAUAUGUUUAACAUUUUUAAAUAAUUAUUUAAUUCAAUUGGAUUCCUGUUUUAUUUUCUCUUCCCAUUUUCAUAUUUAGUUUCUGUAGCUUACAGGUAAAAUUCUGGAGCUCAAUUAUAGUUUAGUGGAUUGUACUUUGUUAAUUAAACAAAAUCUGUAUUAUCUAAAAUUAAGGUA